AUGGGAGCCUGAGCCAACAUGGACGCCUCAGUGGGAUAAGGGUGAGCCGCCGUUGUCGGUCGCUCUUGUUCUCUCCUCAUCAUGUUGGUGCACUUAUUUCGGGUUGGGAUUCGCGGUGGCCCUGUCCGAGGCAAGCCACUACUACCUCUCCGCUUCCAGACAUUCUCGGCCGUCAGGUCCUCCGAUGGCCACCCCAGUUCCUGCCUCCUUGGGGCCGUGGCUCGGCUGCAGUCCCAGCUCCGGGCCCGUCUCCCUCGAGCACCCCCAGCUCCCGGCCGGAGCCCCUCUGCCUGGUGCUGGGUUGGGGGGGUCCUCCUGGGCCCCGUGGUUCUGAGUAAGUGCCCCCGCCUUGGCCUUGUGGCACUCUGUGAGGCAGAAGAGGCUCCUCCUGCCUCCUCCAGACCCUGUGUCGUGGAGCCCCGCUUUAACUGGAAGCUCUUCUGGCACUUUCUGCGCCCCCACCUGCUGGUCCUUGGGGCAGCCGUCGUGCUGGCACUGGGUGCGGCCCUGGUGAAUGUGCAGAUCCCCCUGCUCCUGGGUCAGCUGGUGGAGAUCGUGGCCAAGUACACAAGGGACCACGUGGGCAGCUUCCUGACCGAGUCCCGGAGCCUCAGCACCCAGCUGCUCGCCCUCUAUGGCCUCCAGGGCCUGUUGACCUUCGGGUACCUGGUGCUGCUGUCCCGCAUCGGCGAGCACAUGGCCGUGGACAUGCGGAGGGCGCUCUUCAGCAACCUGCUCCAACAAGACAUUGCUUUCUUUGACGCUAAAAAGACGGGGCAGCUGGUGAGCCGAUUGACAACUGACGUGCAGGAGUUUAAAUCAUCCUUCAAACUUGUCAUCUCCCAGGGGCUGCGGAGCUGCACCCAGGUGGCCGGCUGCCUGGUGUCCCUGUCCAUGCUGUCCACACGCCUCACGCUGCUGCUGAUGGUGGCCACGCCUGCUCUGAUGGGAGCUGGUACCCUGAUGGGCUCAGCGCUCAGAAAGUUGUCUCGCCAGUGUCAGGAGCAGGUUGCCAGGGCAACAGGUGUGGCAGAUGAGGCCCUGGGCAACGUUCGGACCGUGCGAGCCUUCGCCAUGGAGCAGCGGGAAGAGGAGCGCUAUGGAGCGGAGCUGGAGGAGUCCCGCUGCAAGGCGGAGCAGCUGGGCAGAGGCAUCGCCUUGUUCCAAGGGCUCUCCAACAUCGCCUUCAACUGCAUGGUCCUGGGCACCCUAUUUAUCGGGGGCUCCCUGGUGGCCGGACAGCAGUUGACCGGCGGAGACCUCAUGUCCUUCCUGGUGGCCUCCCAAACGGUGCAGAGGUCCAUGGCCAACCUCUCUGUCCUGUUUGGUCAGGUGGUGCGGGGGCUCAGCGCGGGCGCCCGAGUCUUCGAGUACAUGACUCUGAGCCCCUGCAUCCCGCUGUCCGGGGGCUGCUGCAUCCCCAGGGAGCACCUGCGCGGCUCCAUCUCAUUUCACGACGUCUGCUUCAGUUACCCCUGCCGCCCGGGCUUCCAGGUGCUCAAGGACUUCACCCUCACGCUGCCUCCAGGCAAGAUCGUGGCCCUCGUGGGCCAGUCUGGGGGAGGGAAGACGACCGUGGCGUCCCUGCUUGAGCGCUUCUACGACCCCACGGCGGGCGUGGUGACGCUGGAUGGGCGGGACCUGCGCACCCUCGACCCCUCCUGGCUGCGUGGCCAGGUCAUCGGCUUCAUCAGCCAGGAGCCGGUCCUGUUUGGAACAACCAUCAUGGAGAACAUCCGUUUUGGGAAGCUGGAUGCCUCUGACGACGAGGUCUAUGCAGCGGCCCGGGCAGCCAACGCGCACGAGUUCAUCACCAGCUUCCCUGAGGGCUACAGCACCAUCGUGGGUGAGCGGGGUGCCACCUUGUCUGGCGGCCAGAAGCAGCGCCUGGCCAUCGCCCGAGCGCUCAUCAAGCAGCCCACAGUGCUGAUCCUGGAUGAGGCGACCAGCGCGCUGGACUCAGAGUCUGAGAGGGUCGUGCAGGAGGCCCUGGACCGCGCCAGCGCCGGCCGCACUGUGCUGGUCAUCGCCCACCGGCUCAGCACCGUGCGGGGGGCCCACCAGAUCGUCGUCAUGGCCCACGGCCAAGUCUGCGAGGUGGGGACCCACGAGGAGCUCCUGAGGAAAGGCGGGCUGUAUUCGGAGCUCAUCCGGAGACAGGCCCUGGAUGGCCCCGCUCCUGAGACGCCCAGAGGCCCCAGGAACCGGCAUCCCAAGUCCUGAGAGGUCUGGUCCCCGCCGAGCAUCUGUGCCCAGGGCCACGCUCAGCUUGGGGGAACCCCUGGGGUGGGAGCCCCCAGGAGAGCCAGUCUGCUGGGGCGGGGGCGGCUGCCUUGCUCCCCCGAUCACAAUAAAAUCCAGGCCAGGACUGCUGGGCCCACUCCUCGUCCCACUGCCAGCCUGCCCCCCUCCACCAGAGCUGAGAGUCCUGCUGCACAGAGGAGGAGGCCAAGUCCCCAGGCCCCUGCUCUGGCCCCUCCCUUCGCUGGGCCCUCCCCACCCCCCACCAGCCUGGCCGCCUGCAGGUGUCAGACCGCAGCUGCAGGGAUCUGUGCAGCAGCACGGGGUGGGGGUGGGGGUGGGGGUCACACCUAUGCCAGACCUCACCCUCCUCCUCUGACCCCAGUGACACGCCUCUGGGGCCCUGGGGACAGGAGAACCCGCCUGAGUCAACCCUUCAAACCCGCAGUCCCCAUCCUGGGAACAACUUCUCCUUGUUCCUUUAAGGUCCUUUCUCUAGAUUUGCCCUCUCACCCGGAUGCCUGACACGCCCGCUGGCCCUUGGGGGGCGGGAGAGGGGCAGGUGGCUGUGGUCUGUUCCACACGAAGCCCCCGGGGGCCAGGCUGUCUCACCACUGCCCUGGCCCCAUGCUCCUCGAGUCCGUCACCAGAUGAGAUUGUGGUCUCCCCCCCCACAAGAGGACACCGCCUCUGAAAGGGACAAAGGAGGACACACACCCCAAAGCCCAGCCACAGGAGUACAGAGUGUGAGCUGACUUUUGGGGCUGACAGUCACCUAAGCACAAAGGCACAGUUGACAUCAUGCUCUGGGCUGACAACACAUAAAAUCAAUCCACAUCACUGCCAGCCUCUGAGAGAGGUCCCCUGGAGCCUCACCUGGAAAGAGGACGCCCCGGCCACCCGGGUGGCACGAGCCUGUGGCCGCAAAGGUGUGAACCGUGUGGGGCAGGACUCCCGUCCGCUUCCGGGGACCUAGGAGCAGCCGGGGCUUCCCACCAGCCCUGCUCGGCUCCCAGAACCUCACCCCUCCUGUCUUGCUUCUGCUCCUGUCCAUUCCCUUCACGAAACCUUACCCUUCGCUGCCAGUCCAGCCGAGGACUCCCCUGAACCUGCACCCUUGCGUGAGCAAGAGGGCUUGCCCAGGCCAGACCUUCGAGGGCAGCCAAACCUUUUGGUUUACCCCAUGGUGUAGGAGGGUGAGGCCACGUCUCCAGGGUGGCAGCCAGGUGUGGGAUGGAGCAGGGGCAGCUGUGACUGGAGGCCAGUCUGGAGGAGGGUGCAGCGGCUCAGGUGUGAGUGCAGGAGCCGGAAGUGGGAGUCCCCAUAGGCUCUUUUAGGUUUAGGAUCAGAUGCUGUUUUAGGGACAAAGCAUUGGCCACAGCCACCCUGAUUUGAUAUCCUGCUUUCUUCCUGAUGAGAGGUCGUGACGCAGGAAGCAGAGCGAGGGCUGGCUCUGGGGCGCUUUGCAGCUAAAUGCCUCCCUAGUGAGGGCAGCCGAGGGUGGGCCCCAACUCCUUGGCCAGGUUUGCACUGCCUUGCCCGGUCCCUCCCUCAAGGGAGAGCCAGCCAAGCCAGCUCCUGCUCUCCUGGCCACAGCUGCAGCCUCCUGCCCCCCAAGACCUUCCGACACCAGAUGCUGGGUCUCUCCUCAGGGCAGCCUCUCUGAACCCGCUCCCCCUUAGGGCUGUAGUGAGGUCCAUGGCGAGUGGGAAGCCCCUUGGGUCAGCCAUACACUUGCUGUGUGGCCUUGACCUUGGCUGCUGCAGCUAUGCCACAUGGAUAGUAAGCCCAGCUGUACUCAGUUUUGAGAGCUGGUUUCAGGAGUUUAAAUAGAAUAAUCUGUGGUAACGUGCUUAAAACACACUGCUACAGCCUCAAAAGCUGGUUAUACCUGUGCAAUAAACUGUUAUUCACUCCUUCAA